AUGGACGACUCAAUGGCAGAGUCCGACUAUAACAUGGACGCCAGCAGUGACUUUGAACCACCAGUCAAAGCACCAGCAAAGAAGGCUGCUCCUGCAAAGAAGGCAGCUGCACCCAAGGCCAAAGCAGCAGCUCCCAAGAAACAAACCACUCUCAAACCUACCAAGACGACGAAGGCCGCCACAAAGAAGCCGCCGACACCGAUAAGUGACGAAGAGAACUCCGACGACGACGCACAUCCGGCCAAUCACGACGACGACAGUCUCCUUGCCGAGACCCCUCCCAAGAAGGCCGCAGUCAAGAAAGCACCAGCGAAGAAGGCAACCAAGCCGCUACAAGAAGUCGACAACGAGAGUUUCACAGCAGAAGGCGCAACCAUGGAUAUCGACGGCGCAAGCGACGAAAAGAUGGUCCAGCCCAAGCCGAAGAAGGGCAGCGCCACAUCGCAAUACCAGAAGCUCACUCAGCUCGAGCACAUCAUCAAGCGUCCUGACACAUACAUUGGCUCCGUCGAACGCCUCGAGAAACAGAUGUGGGUCUACAACUCGGAGAACGAGGCCAUCGAGAGCCGCGAAAUCAGCUACGUACCUGGUCUUUACAAGAUUUUCGACGAAAUCCUGGUCAACGCAGCCGACAACAAGCAACGCGACAAGAACAUGAACGAGAUCAAGGUCUGGAUCGAUCGCGAGAAGGGAGAAAUCUCAGUGCGAAAUAACGGUCGCGGUAUCCCAGUCGAGAUGCACGAGAAGGAGGGCAUUUACAUCCCGGAGAUGAUUUUUGGUCACCUCCUCACAUCCUCCAACUACGACGACGAUGAGCAGAAGGUCACUGGUGGAAGAAACGGUUAUGGUGCAAAGCUCUGUAACGUCUUCAGCACCAAAUUCGUUCUGGAGACAGUCGACUCGAAGCAGGGCAAGAAGUACACACAGACAUGGCAUGACAACAUGACCAAGAAGGACAAGGCAAAGAUUACCUCGGUGAAGAGUGACGACUACACAAGAAUCACUUUCUACCCGGACUUCUCAAAGUUCAACAUGGACAAGAUGGACGACGACUUCGAGGCUCUGGCCAAGCGUCGCGUUUACGACAUGGCUGGUACUUGCCCUGGAGUCAAGGUCUGGCUGAACGACACUCGCAUCAAGAUUACGAAAUUCAAGCAAUACAUGGAAAUGUACACCAAGGCCAUCAAGACUGAAAGCUUGAUCAAUGAGGGCGUUGAAAACCAGGUCAUCCUGACUGACAACCCCAACGAGCGCUGGGAGAUUGGUUUCGCUGUUUCUGAUGGCUCUUUCCAGCAAGUUUCUUUCGUCAACUCGAUCGCCACUACCUCAGGAGGAACACACGUCAACUAUGUGGCUGAUCAAAUCAUCAACAAACUACUGGAAAUUGUCAAGAAGAAGAACAAGGGUGGUGUCACACUCAAGCCUGCCCAGAUUCGUAACCACAUCUUCCUCUUCGUCAACUGCCUGAUUGUCAACCCAGCCUUCAACUCUCAGACAAAGGAACAACUCACAACCAAGGCCUCUCAAUUCGGUAGCAAGUGCACGCUAGGCGACAAGUUCCUCAAGGAUAUCGCAAAGACUGAAGCCGUGAACAACAUCAUGCACUUCGCCCAACAGAAGGCCGAUCAAGUCCUGAAGAAGUCAGAUGGUAACCGCCGCACUCGCAUGAGCAAUACCAAGCUCACAGACGCCAACAAGGCCGGUACCAAGGAUGGCCACAGGUGUACUCUCAUCUUGACAGAAGGUGACUCGGCUGCUAUGCUUGCACUUGCUGGACGAGCUGUUGUUAACCAGGAUCUAUUCGGUGUCUUCCCUCUGCGUGGUAAGAUGUUGAACGUUCGCGACGCAUCAGUCGAUCAGAUUUCGAAGAACGCAGAAAUUCAGAACAUCAAGCAGUUUAUGGGACUGCAACACAAGAAGGAGUACACAGAUACCAAGGGUCUUCGCUACGGCCAUCUGAUGAUCAUGACCGAUCAGGAUCACGAUGGAAGUCAUAUCAAGGGUCUUUUGAUCAACUUCUUGCAAGUCCAGUUUCCCAGUUUGCUUAAGCUUCCUGGGUUCCUGCUGGAAUUCAUCACACCUAUCGUCAAGGUCUGGAAGGGCGACCCCAAGUUCCCAAAGGCGAAGCGCGACUUCUUCACGAUGCCUGAGUACGAGGCCUGGAGACAAGAGCCUGGCCAUGAUAAGGGCUGGGAUCACAAGUACUACAAGGGUUUGGGAACUUCGGAUACCAGAGAUGCCGAGAUCUACUUUAGCGAUCUAGACAAGCAUCUCAAGGAGUUCCACACCAUGCAGGAUCACGAGAAGCAGUUAAUCGACCUCGCCUUCAGCAAGAAAAAGGCCGAUGACCGCAAGAUGUGGCUCCAGAACUUCGUGCCAGGAACAUACCUCGACAUGUCUGGCAAGGAGAAGAUCAGCUACGAUGACUUCAUCAACAAAGAGCUCAUCCUCUUCAGUAUGGCUGACAACUUCCGUUCAAUCCCUUCUCUGGUCGAUGGAUUCAAGCCUGGUCAACGCAAGAUUCUGUACACCGCUCUGAGGAGAAAUUUGAAGAAGGACGUCAAGGUCGUUGAACUUGCCGGUUCAGUCUCAGGUCUGACCGCAUACUCUUACGGUGAAGCAUCUCUGCAGCAAACGAUUAUUGGUCUUGCUCAGACGUUUGUCGGAUCCAACAACAUCAACGUUCUAGAGCCCAGUGGCAACUUCGGUAGUCGUCUCCAAGGUGGUAGCGACGCAGCCAGCGCUCGUUACAUUUACACCCGUCUGUCUCCUUUCGCCCGCCGCAUCUUCAACGCGCAUGAUGAACCCCUCUUGACAUACAACACUGAUGAUGGCAAGACCAUCGAGCCUGAGACCUAUGUGCCUGUUGUCCCCAUGGUUCUCAUCAACGGUGCUGAUGGUAUUGGCACUGGUUGGUCGACUUCUAUCCCCAACUACAACCCUGAAGAUGUCAUUGAGAAUAUUAGACUCAGAAUGGCAGGAAGCUCAAAGUCUGACAUGAAGCCCAUGCAGCCUUGGUUCCGUGGCUGGAAGGGAGAAGUCGAGGACAUUGGCAAUGGACGUUUCAGAUUCACUGGUACUGUCACCCAGACAGACAAGGAUAACGAGAUUGAGGUUACCGAAUUGCCUGUUCGCUUCUGGACUCAAGACUUCAAGGCUCACCUCGAAGAGAUUAUCAAGGCUGAGAAGACUCCCUCUUUCAUCAAGGACUACAGCGAGUACAACACACCCGAGAAGGUUCACUUCAUCAUCACCUUGGACGACAAGGGCAUGAAGGUCUCGCUCGACAAGGGCCUCAUUGAGCAAUUCAAGUUGAGCAGGACCAUGGCAACCACCAACCUGGUGGCAUUCGAUGGCCAAGGCCGUAUUCACAAGUAUGAGACUCCUCUGGACAUCAUGGAAGAGUUCUACCACAUUCGUCUCGCUUUUUACGAGAAGAGAAAGCAGUACCUUCUCAACGAGAUGCAGAAAGAGCUGGACAAGCUGAGCAAUCAGUCGCGCUUCAUCCAGAUGAUCAUCGACGGCAAGCUCACUGUCUCCAAGAAGAAGAAGGCUGUCCUUGUCGCCGAGCUUCACAAGCUCAACUUCAAGCCCAUCCCCAAGUUGGCAGAUGCCAAGAAGCAAGGCGAAUUCGAAGAGGUCGUCGAGGAAGACGAUGAUGCUGAAGAUCCUGCACCUGGCGCCAACGACUUUGACUACCUUCUCGGUAUGGCCAUCUGGUCGCUUACCCAGGAGCGUGUUGAGAAGCUUCUCAGACAGAUUGGCGACAAGGAAGCAGAGGUCGAUGCUCUCAUCAAGCUCUCGCCCAAGGAUCUCUGGACCAGAGAUUUGGAUGAGCUUCUCGAGGAGUGGCACACCCAGCUGGAAGUUGAGGAGACCCGUGCUAAGAAGUCAAAGAGCAAGGGCCGUCGCACAUCUGCAAAGCUCGGGUUCGGUGGAGCCAAGAGCAAGAAGCGCAAGUCGGAAGAUAGCGACGACAGCGAUGAUGAUUUCAUCGUUUCUAAGAAACCGAAAACCGCCGCAAAGCCCGCCGCCCCCAGGGCUGCUCCAGCUCUCAAGUCAAAAGUGUCGAAGGGAGCGACUGGACUGCUAGACAAUUUCCUCACCAAGUCCAGCAAGCCUGGUAUCUUCCCCGUUGUGGACGGAGUCGAGCAACAGCCUAUUGAAGCACCUCCUGCAGUCAAGGCAGGUCUUAUCGAACCUUCCAACAUCACAAAGCCGAUUGCAAAGAGAAAGACCGUCUUGUCAGACUCCGAAUCUGACGACGAUAUUGAGACGAUCCUUACAAAGGCAGUCGCAAAGGCACCUGUCGUUAGAAAGAAGACAGCCCUUGAUACUGAGGAUGAGGAAGAAGACGAAGACGUGAAGCCACCUGCCAAGGCUGCGGCGAAACCUGCUCAGAAGCCCGCACCCAAGAAAAAGCCAGUCAUUGAGUCCGACUCUGGAGAAGAUGUCGACAUGUUUGAUGCCGCGAAGAUGAAGCCCGCCGCUCAGCCUGCCGCUGCUUCUCGUGCCGGACGUGCUGCCGCGAAGAAGCCAAUCAAGUAUGCCGCCGACUCAGACGAAGAGAUGUCCGACGACGACCUCGGUGACAUCAGCAAAAUGGUCAAGGAAAUCCCCAGCGCAGCUCCAGGUCGCUCUCUCCUCAGCUCUGCCCAUCGCACAGGCGCAAGCCACGGUAUCAAGAGCUCUCACGGCAGAAAGGAAAGUGUCGAACCUGUAGACGACACAGACUGGGCAGAACUCGCCAAAGGCACACCAGCCAAACCCAUCGCCCAGGCCAAUAACUUCUCAGACGAUGACGAUGUGAACAUGGACGACGACAGUAUCUUGUUGUCGACUCGCAAGCCUGCUCCUCUAAAGACAAUCUCCAAGAGCACUAAUGCAACCAAACCUACGGCAUCUACAGCAGCAAAGGCCAAGAAGCCCGCAGUCGCACCAGUAAAGACUCUCUCACCUGCAGCCAAAGCCUACGCAGCCAAGCAAGCCAAAACCGCUGCCGCGAAACCAGUAGCCAAAGCACCUCUUCGCAAGAAGACUGCUUUGGACACUGACGACGAAGAUGACGAUGCCGAUAACCUCGCCAACAGCAUUCUUAGCGAUGAUGAAGGAGACGAGUCGAUCGUUGCUAAACCUGCUGCUGCUAGACCUUCGCGCAGAGCCGCUGCCGCUAAGCCUAAGGCUAGUUACAAGCUUGACGAUGAGGAUAGUGAGGAGGACGAGGAGUUUGCAGAGGAGAGCGAGGAGGAAGAGGAGACUUUUGCUGAUGAUAGCGAGUAA